AUGGCAAUGUGGAUCGCUUUUAUUUGGUUUCUAAGUUCCGUUCAUCCGGUGAAGAACAUUUUUACACGCAACGAAAAUGAUGCCAAUGCAAAACCAGGGAUCGCUUUAGUCUUGGUACUAUUCACCGCCGUUGUCUAUGGCAAAACUUAUUUUGCGUUACGAAAGCAAGCGAGAUCCAUGAUUGGUAAAAAAACUACAUUUUCUUCGAAGCAAAGUCAGUAUGCGCCUAACAAAAGCAGUUCGAUAGAAAGCGAAACUUGUGUUGGAAGUAAUAAUCAUGUUAAAAAUGGGAUUGAACGUGAUCAAAGCCUAGAUGAACCUGCUCGAAAUCAAAAUCAUCGUGCCGAAAAGCAGAAUGUUCGUGCCCAAUUUCAGUAUGAACGUGAUGAAAUUGAAAGUGAAUGUGCUAAAAGUCAGAAUGAACGUGGUCAAAGCCUUGUUGAACGUGCUGAAAAUAAAAAUCGUCGCGCCCAAAACCAGUAUGAAAGUGCUGAAAUUGAAAAUUUACGUGCCAAAAGUCAGAGUGAACGUGAUCAAAGCCUGAAUGAACGUGCUGAAAAUCAAAAUAAUCGUGCCGAAAAACAGAAUGAUCGUGCUCAAAAUCCGUAUAAAGGUGUUGAAAUUGAAAAUGAACGUGCUAAAAGUCACAAUCGGCGUGCUCAGGACAAAAACGAACGUGUUGAGAGUGAGAAUGAACGUGCUCAACGUGAAGACCUUUCCUCCAACAAAACGCCUAAAAAUUCCCAAGUAAUCAACAACACAAGGGAACAGAAGUUCUUAAACACUAUAAUUAUAAUUGCAUGUAUUGCCGUCGUUACAGUGAUGCCAGGAACAAUUUAUAGCCUGCUUCGUGGUACGGGUGUAUCCUCAGACACAAACAGCAUUCUUGUUGUUGGAGGUGCGAUAUUUUGUCUUAAUUUUGCCGCUAAUCCUUUCGUCUAUUGCUUGCGUUUGAAACGAUAUCGCAAAACGUUUAAAAUGGUCUAUGGUUGCAAACAUUGA